UUUCUAAAAAUGAAUUUGGACACAAGUCUUCAAGUCCAUUCCAAAUUGGAAAAGGAAACCUCAAACAUGGUAUUGCUAAGAGAAAGGGUGGAGAAAUAUCAUGACCUGUCCAAUCAGAUGUCUGGCAUACUAACCGUUUUUGAGCAACGUUUGGGUAAAUUGGAAAAGACCAUACUGCCCGUCUACCAAGAAACCGAACAACUACAGAAGAGGCAACAGAAUUUGGAAGCCACCUUAAAUUGUCUGGAAACUGUAUUAUCUCACUACGAUGUCACCCAAGAGGUUUGUGGUUUAAUACAUCAAGGCCCCACCGAGGGCAAUGUCGGUGUAUUUCUCGAGGCAUUGGGACGUCUUCGUUCGGCCAAUGAAUACUUUCUACAUCACAAUUCACAAAGUGUUGAGCUGGAAAAUGUUACGAGUCUCUUCAAUACGGGCUGUGAAGGCCUAAAUAAUCAUUAUCGUUUACUUUUGAAAAAAUAUGGAAUGCCCCUGAAACCAGUUGAUAUCUUGGAUCUCAUUUAUAAUGAAGAUGAUUCAUCUAAUGAUGAGUAUACCUCAUUUAGACAAUUGACACAGAGCACCAGGGAAGAGCUGUUUACAAUUUCUCAUUGGUUAGAACAGAAUCUUCGAUUUGAGUAUACAGUCAUCUAUGCCGCGGAAAGAGGUGAAGUGGUCUUUAGAUCAUUGCAAAACUUGAAAGAUCAUCAGAAAAGCAGCAGUUGGGGUAAUGAAGCUUUGGUAAGUAAAUACUAUGGAAAGAAAUCUCGUCAAUCUAUUGCCGGACGUCAAGACACAAAAAAGAGUCCCUCAAUGCGCUUGCAACAAAUUUUUGAACGCAAGGCAAAUAAAUUGUAUCUAAAAGCCACUCAGACCCUCAAUAGUACUGGUAUUUCCAUUAAAAAAGCCACAUCGCAUUCUGAACAUUUAUCCUCUGAAGAAUAUGCUGAUGGUGAUCAGGAAUUGGAUAAAUAUUUAGUUAUGCUGUUGGGAUUGCAACGUCUAUUGAAUUGGGAACGAGCCCUAAUGCAAGAAAUCAUACCAUUCAAACACCAAUCGGAGGUCUUUGCCAAAUUGGCAAAUAAAUCCAUUGAUAUGGUUGUCAAAGAUGUUGAGGCCAUAACAAAUCGUAUAAUGCGUAGUAUAACACGCAAAGAAUGGACUUCGGCAUUGGGUAUAUUUAAGACAUUGAAAAAUGUGUUGCUAUUGCAACCGGAUAUCGAUCGUACCUAUGAUGUACAGCAAAGGGAACAGUUGACAAAGGUUUUGAAUAAAUUACAAUACACGGGAGCCAAAGCCUUGGAACAUUUCUUGGAAGUUGUACGCGGCGAUUCUACCACGAAUAUUGUGAGCAUGAGCUCAAGUACCUUGGGUUAUGUUAAUGUACCCAAAGAUGCCACAGUCCAUGAGUUGACAUCCAAUACAAUAUGGUUUAUUGAGAAUCUUUUGAAUCAUUAUGAUGUUAUUGGUGUCAUAUUACAACCAGAUGUCCUCUACUCUACUCAGUUGGAUUCAAUACUCAUUAAGAAACAAUUACCAGAAGAAGAGCACAAUAAGGCCUUGUUGGCCAUAUAUAUAAAAAAAGCCUUGGCCGAAUUAAAUUUAUCGAUCAUGAAUAAAUGCGAACAGUAUAACGAUCAGGCGACCAAACACUUAUUCCGUUUAAAUAACAUUAACUAUAUUUUGAAUUCAUUGAUAACAUCAAAUCUAAUUGAUAUUGUUACAAUUGCGGAACCCGAUUGCCGUAAUAGUUAUAUCGAAACUAUCAAAGAAUUGAAAUGUUCCUAUCAAAAAACAUGGUCCAAAAUGUUGUCAAAUAUUUCGCCAUUGGAUGAAUUACCAAAACCAAUACAGGGCAAAGUUAAGGAUAAGGAUCGUAGCAUUUUGAAGGAGAAAUUUUUGGCCUUCAACAAAGACUUUGAGGAGGCAUGUAAAAUUCAACGUGGAAUUUCCAUACCGGAUGUCACACUGCGUCAAGGCAUUAAACGUGACAAUGAAGAGCAUAUUUUACCAAAAUAUAAUGAAUUCUUUAAUAUGUAUGCUGGUGUACAUUUUAGUAAGAAUCCUGAAAAAUAUGUCAAAUACAAACCGCACGAAAUCAAGGCUUGUCUUAAUAAACUAUUCGAUGACUCAGCCUAA